AGGAGAAGUCAUUUUAUAGAUUAACAUUGACAUUGACAUUAAAAUUUCGUAAAAAUUGCAAUCGACUUUCUAGCCAUUGCUAAUAAAACUUUAAGAAAAUGGCAGAUGUAUUAACAGAGACAGUUUCACCCGAAGAUUUAAAAAAAUUCGAAAAAAUUUAUCACGAGCAGUUAUAUAAAAAUGAUGUUACCCCAAGAGCCCAAUUUGAAUACGCCUGGUGUUUAGUUAGAAGUAAAUACUCGGCAGAUAUUCAAAAAGGAAUUAUGUUAUUAGAAGAGUUAUACAAGACAAACGAAGAAGGCCAUAGAGACUAUUUGUACUAUCUUGCAAUUGGCAGUGCAAGGCUCAAGGAUUAUUCUAAAGCCUUAAACUAUGUUAGAUCUUUUUUGUCAAUUGAACCAGGUAAUCAACAAGUAUUAACUUUAGAAGAAAUCAUAAGGAAAAAAUUGGAGAAGGAGGGUCUCGUGGGUAUGGCAUUCACUGGAGGAAUAGUUCUUGCUGUGGGAGCUCUAGUAGGAGUCGGCAUGGCAAUUGCCAGUAGAGGCAAAUCAUAGUUGUUCCUGGAUUUGUUCAAUUAUUAUUUUUUUAGUGACUGAUGAAUACCAAAUAUCAAUAUAAAUUUUUUGUAUGUCUUCAAUAGUGUAAUUUGUUUAGUUUUUGCAUUUAAUUCAAAUUAUGAGCACUAAAUUUCUUUUUGUUUGGACAUUAAACUACAUCUAGGUAUUUAAAUUGUACUAUUAUUAAUUUUUGUGAUUCUUUCUUUCACUUUUGUUUUUAAAUGUAUAUAUUCUAUUGUUUCGAUUUAUGUUAGUUCUUUUUAAAUUAAUAUAUAUGGAGUUAAA